AUGAAGUCGUUUCUGCUGCUCGCCUCAUGGGCAUUCUGUGCAAUCGCACAGAAGCACCACCUCAAAACCCAAGUCCCAAUCGCCGACCUCUGUGCGGCAAGCCCGCUGUUCCCCGACUACUCGCUGGCAUGUGGGAAGACCUCAAUCUGGGAGGCGCAAGCACCUCCCCUCGUCGGAAUCGCCAACAACCGGACGACUAAGCAGCCCAAGAAGGACAUCUGGCGUUCGGACGAAGGGUGGCAUGGUCCUCACUCUUGCGCGGGUGCUUACUGCGCGUAUUCGCGGCCGUCCUUUUCCAAUGGUCGUGGAAUCGUCCUCGUGAGCACAGCGUACAAUGCCGAAGAGGCAUCGCACAUAUCGGCUUUCACGAAGCCAGCGCGAGAUGAGGAGCAGGGUGACAGUACUCUGUUUCGCAUCGUUGAGAUGCCAGGGAAGGGGCUGGGGGUCGUCGCAAAUCAGCACAUCAAGAGAGGACAGCGCAUCAUGGCUCAUCCGCCAGCCGUCGUUAUCCAUCGGCGGUUCAUUGACGAUGUUGACUUGGACAACCAGUACAGACUUCUUGAUGUUGCCGUGAGCCACCUGCCUGAAGACACCCGCAAGAUCUUUUUGGAGCAGAUGGGGCAAUCUGGCGGGCACAAAGUUCACGAUAUCAUUCACACCAACUCGUUUGAACUGAGGCUCGGUAUCAGAGAUGGUCAUCACUUCGGAAACUACCCUGAAGUUUCUCGAUACAAUCACGACUGCAGACCGAAUGUCGCCUUUUACAUCGAUUCGGAUCUUCGGCACUACACCCAUGCGGUGAGAGACAUCAAGCCCGGCGAAGAGCUCACAAUCUCUUACGUGGACUCGCUCAGCUCACGACAAGUCCGUCAAGACCGUGCGAAGCGCAACUGGGGCUUCGGCUGCACCUGCAACCAAUGCAGCCUCCCGCCGCCUUUGGUCCGCGAUUCUGACAACCGUCUGUACCGCAUGUGGCAGAUUGAGCAGGACCUUAGCAAUUGGAACUUUCCCAACUUCGAGGAGGACAUGAUCGAGCUGCUCAUCACCCUCUACGAGCAAGAGCGUCUAGAUGAGUCCCACGGCUACGAAGCUUACAGGCUCGCUGGCUUGAACUACAAUUCAAUUAAGAACAGAGAGAAGGCUGCGGAGUAUGCUAAGAAGGCCGUUGAGCAGUUGCUGCUGGAGAAAGGACCAGAGGCGAAAGAGCUUGCCGAUAUGAGAGCGCUGGCACACAGGCCUGACCAACACUGGAGUUGGGGAAAGAGAAAAUAG